UGGCUUUUACUGCUGGCAGCCAUUUUGUCUGCAACUUCCUUCUCGGCCUCUCUAGGGAAAGGAGCGCCUCCUCUGUUUUUUCUUUACCCAUUUGACCUUGGGGUUCCCUUUUCUUUCCCUCUAGAACUGUAGCCAUUCUUCUUUACCUCUCCAAGUAUUGGGGUUCCUAUUUCUCCUGUCUUUCUGUUUGUAGCAAAGCCUUGUUUAUUCAGGCCUCCCCCCCCCCCUUUCCCCCAAUGACAUUGCUGCUUCACUUCUCCUGGGACAUCUUCUUAACCAUUUCCCCACUGAAGUUCUCCACUUUGAGAGUCUGUUCUAUUUUCUACAGGCCUCCCCACCCCCGCAAAAAAUAAUUUCAUACCUACCAGUUAUCAGGGUUGCAGCACCUCCAUUUUCCUCAAAAUUAAGACAGGCUAUUUUUCUUUUUUAAAUUAAAGAUGAAGGCACUUCCAAAAACCCACGGCCUCUCCACACAGAGUUAGGCUUAGCUUUAAGAAAAGAUUUAGGACUGAGGAGAGAACAGCGGGGCAAAGGGGGCAAUGGGCAUGCGGGCAAAGACUUUGCACCCGGCUGGUGGCAUCCGUGAGGUUAUGCGGCCCUAGAAGCGCCUCCUUUGCGAUUGUUUCCAGGGUAGCGAGACCCUUCCUCCUUCCUUCCGUCUUCCUCUUGUCUAUAUUUGCUGCCUUCAAUUUGGGCCUCAUGUCAACCCGCUUCGACGACUUAGACCCUGCCGACCGCUUCACGGAUCUUGACCAGCUGGUCUUUGCGGCCAUGCUGUUGGGUUCUGUGUUCAUUGGCAUCUUUGUCGCCAUGGGCGAAGCCCAUCAAAGUCACAGUGACUAUUUGAUGGGCAGCCACAGCCUGAAUUGUUGGCCUGUGGCAUUCUCCCUCGCAGCUAGCUUCACGUCUGCGUUGACCAUGCUGGAGAACCCGGCUGAGGUCUACCGCUUUGGGAGCACUGCGGGACUCAUCGGUAUUGCCUAUUGCAUCAUGGUGGUGAUCAGCGCCGAAGUGUUUCUACCCAUUUACUACAGGCUGGAUAUCGGCAGCACCUAUGAGGUAGGUAGGAGGUUGCCAUGGCCUUUCCAAACCUGUUCCUAGGGCUGAAGACUACUGGUUCCCUGCAAGAGGCAUUCUUGUUGCUGUGGCCCAUUUCCCCCCAUUAAUGUUACCUGUGGGCCUGGGUGGAAAGGAGCAGCUUUCAAUUGAGCCUGCAUUUUCCCUGCAUUUUCCCCAAACCAGGACUCAAGGCAGCGUACAGAUAAAAAUGUAAAAACACAGAUCAGAAUAUUAGAUAGAAAAAGUAAUGUAAAUAAGUACAGGCAAAUGGCUCCCAAUGCAUAUGUUAUCUUUUUAAAAAAAAUUUUUUCAUAUUUAAGGAAAAUUUCACGUGCUAAUGGUAACAUUCCUUUUCCAUGGCGUUGGAUUUUUAUUUCCAAUAAAUUAGUGUUUAGUGUUUUGUUUGUUAAAAAAGACAAUUUAAGUAAAUGAAGAGCAUAUUAUGGUUAACUCUUUGAUUCUAAAGAAAAUAAAAUGGAACUAGAAUUACAGAUGGUGAAAUAUAAGCGCUCUAGCUGAGAUUCCUGCAUUGCAGGGGGUUGGACUAGAUAACCCAAGAGCUCCCUUCAAACUCUACAAUUCAGUGAUUCAGUGAAUAACAUUAGAACACUGAUUAUUACUUUAUCCCUGUGUUUAUUUGCUAUCUUUAUAUCCUACUUUUUCCUCCAAGGAACUUUGAGUAGAGAACCUUGUUUCCAGUUUUCCGGGAUCAGUGGUUUCCAAAUUUUUGUCCCUAUGGACCACCUGGAAAUUGCAAAAUAUCUGGGUGUACUGCUACUGCUUGUUGUUUCUGUCUUUCAUAGCAGUUUUAAUACACUGUGCUAGAUGCUGCAUUAUCUGUUACUAUUUUUACAGACAAGCCUUGGACCACCUGAAUGGUGGUCCAUGAACCCCAGUUUGGGAACCCCUGUAUUAGAUAAUCCUUCUGAAGUGGAUUAGGUCAGCUUCAUGGCUGAAUGGAUUAGAAACCCAAGUCUCUACAAUUCUAGUACAACACUAACUUCUACAACAUGCAGGCACGAGCAGAAUGCAAUUUAACUGUUUGAAGCCCUCAUCCUAGAGAUACUCAAAUGUUUUCACUCCAAACUCUCAUGUGGGGAUGGGGAAGAAAAUCUUCAACAGGCUGCAACUUGCAUUCUCCCUUCUUUUCUCUUAGUCAUAUAUGCCAUUUAAACAGGAAAAAAUAUGUAGAAGAACAUAAGCAUAUUUAUCAGGCAACAGCAAACCCAGACAUACAAAAAAUGAUUCAGGAGAUCUAUAAUUAGGGUCUCCUGCUUAAAAACAAGAAGUAAUUGGAAGCUGGACAGAGCAGGUUUAUACGAAGAGGUAAUACUCUGGGAAGAAGAUGUUUAUUCCUUUCCUCUCAUUUCCUUUUCCUGACCUAAAUUGCCCUCAUUCCCCACAGCUUCAAAUAGCUAUAGAGGAGUCAUCUCAGUAAUUGCACAAAGUUGCAUUGACAAACUCUGAUAUUUACCCAGCUAAUUCUCUGAGAUACUUAAUUUCAUUUUAAAGGAAUGGUGUCAAUACUAUUUCUACAUACUGUAUUAAGUAGAUUCAUAUAAAUAUGCAUGUUCUGUAUAAAAUAAUUUGUCUCUUUUGCAGUACUUGCAGCUUCGAUACAAUAAAUAUAUACGCAUGCUUGGAACAGUGAUGUUUAUGAUAAUAACGGCAAGUACAGUGCAAGAUGAUGAUCUUUUGUAUUAUUCUAUUGUAAAUUAUAGUUGGACCAUAAUGUUUAGUUACAUAGUAUUAAAUAUAAAUGUCACUUCCAGAGCUUCUCUUACUCCCAACUAGUUUCUUUGACCUUAAUGCUGAUAAUUUAUCAAUUGAAAUGCCGUAUCUGGCUACUGUUUGACAUCUUUAUGCAGUGUGGUAUAGAUCGCUUGGCCUUGCUUUAGAUUUAAAUUAGUUCUCUAUUUAUCACUUUCCCAAGGACCACAUUUUGCAGAGAAGAUGCAAACUUCAGUUAUGUUCCCUUCUUGUUAGAAAUAGAUGGAAGUGGGACAGGGAAUAAUGCAUUCAUUUAUGUCCUAAUAUCCUACGAGUGCCAUAAUAUACCUCUCUUUUUACCUAAACUGAAUACCAUGGGCUGAUCUAUUAGGACCAUUUGGCUGUAGAGGAUUGUACCAGAAUACAGAUUUCUUCAAACCCUUCACAAUAUAGUUAUACAAUAUGCUACUUACAAGGGAGUAUAGGCAUAAAGAUAAUAAUUGCUAGAAGAGAAAUAGGCAAAGCGCAUUGGUCUUCUACAGAGGCUCGCUGCUUACAGGGCUCACUGCUUACUGUAUGUAUAUACAUACUGCAGCAAAGAAUCUCAAGUGUCUAUUAAAAGUGCAUUAAUUAUGAGAUGUCUUUUUUGGGUCUCAUGUUAGUUGAUGCAGCUGAAAUGACAGGCAUAUUGUUAGUAUGCUAAGAACUGUCUGAUGAUUUGUUUGUUUGUAUUUGAACAGAGCCAAAUACCAUGGUGUUACAACAAUUUUUUACUAUAAAUGCUAACAUAGCAAUACAUAGAUAUGUAUUGGGUGGACUACUUUCCAUUGGCUUUAAGCAGCAAUGGCAGUCAUUUUAUGAAUAAAUGAAUGGAAUUCUAGAAAAAGUCUGGGCAGGGCUUUAAGUGGGUCAUAUACAAAGGGUUUAUUCCUUCAAUGGCUUUUCAUUUGAAAAAGAAAAAAAUCACAGUGCCACUACCAAUACCAGGUCUUCAUUUAGUUUUGUAAGAUGAACCAUGAGAAGGGUUUUCACCUUUUGAGAUUCUAGACUCUGCUGGUGUUUAGGUUUAUUAUUUACCUCAUUUUGAAACAUUUCCUGCUCUCUAGCUACUACAUAGUUUACCUUUAUAAUUUGCUUCAGUUCUGCCUGAAUGAGAGUCUGUGAAGUUUAAAAUUUACCUAACUCUUUUCAAUGAAUUGAUCUAGUAACAGUUGCUAUUUUACAUUUAAAUCAGUGUAAGCUGGCAUAGGACAAAUGAGAGAGACCAUAUAUUUCACAUGGAUGUUUAUUUGUUCCACCUCCUCAGAUAAUAUACACUGGAAUUGUUCUAUUUUCUCCAUCACACGCCUUGAAUAAAGGUAAUGUGGAAAUACUGUUAAAUACAUUUUUAAAAAUUAAGGAAAAGUUUGACCUGUUAUCUUUAAUGUGAUAUUGCAAGAUGUAGGCUGACUUCUGUAGGUGUUAAACGAAAAACAUGAGUGAAAUUAUGUUUGCCCUGCUGUGUGUAAAUAGUAUGACACCAAAGUCAAUAUACAGUCAUACCUUGGGUUACAGGUUGCGUUUUUUUGGGUUACGGACCGCCGAAACCCAGAAGUACCGGAACGGGUUACUUCCGGGUUUAGGCGGUCGUGCAUGCGCAGAAGUGCCGAAUUGCAACCCGCACGUGAUGGUAGAAGUGUGCAACAGUGGAACAGACCAUCAUGUAAGGUGGUGGACUCUCCUUCAUUGGACUUUUUAAAGCAGAGCUUGGGUGCUCAAGUAUACCUGUUGCUUACUGUUGAAUAAGUAUUUAUAUUCCUUGUCAAUAGCAAGCUUAAAAUUCAUAAAUGUGGUGAUUUUUCAUAUGCAUUAUUUUUUGCUAUCUUUCCAUUAUUUAAUUUAAUUGUGUUAUGUAUCUUUCCCCCCUUUUUCAGUUACAGGAGUUCAGUUGUGGGAGUCUAUUAUUUCAACAGCAGUAAUCUGUACUUUCUAUUGCACAGUGGUAUGUUAAGAACUUGUUUUAAUAAACAAAUGUUCUAUUUAAGAUUUAUGUGGUAAAAAAUAAAGAAUAACUGCAUAUAGAACCCUGGUAACUAUAACAAGGAAUUCUAAUCCAGUGAUUGCUACAUCUCUCUGUCUGCUAGAACACUCUUAUUGAUUGGUUGGUUGGUUGGUUGGUUGGUUGGUUGUUUGGUUGACUGGUCUGCUAGGAGGCUCAUAUCAAUGAGGCCAUCUAUAUGAUUCCCAGGGAGAAUCUCAUCCAGGUACUGACCAAACCCAAGCCUGCUUAGCUUCAGCAAGGUGGUCUCAAAUGCUUUCAGACCAUAGCCUGAUAUCACAUCCUCUUAGCAGGCUAGUAAAAAAUGUAGGAGCCCAUGAACUUUUGUGGGCUUAUCUAUACUUAUACUGGUUUUUGACAACUGUAAUGGUCCGUGACAUCCUUAAAUUUUCUGUCUCUCUCUCUGACAAGCACUGGGAGUCCUCUCGAGCAAGGCAUUCUUGGCAAGAUGGCCUAAGACAGUGGUUUUCGAUCAGUGUGCCACGGCACCCUGGGGUGCCUUGAAGGAUGGUCAGGGGUGUUUCCUUCCCUCCUUCCCUCUGAUGCCCUCUUGUGACGAAUCUGCCUCCCAAAGGCUUGUACAGCUGUUUGUUGCAGCAGCCCUGGCUACAAGCUCCUCAGGCAACUGGUGCCUCUGGGACUGGCCAAGAGAUGCUGGUUUCCUGGAGCUGACGUAGCCUUGGAGUAAGCAAACAGUGGGUGAGGGAGCCCUGUUCGCCAGUCUUUGCUGUUGGGAACGGACAGACAAGUGGGAGGCCGGCUGGGCAGGCAGGGGCUGUGUUAGCCUUUCUUGUGCUUGCUGUGUGCAAUGCCUGCCUGUCUGGGAGGUGAGAAUCCAGAGCCAAAGGGGAGCCUUUCCACCAUGCAGGCCCAGUGGCACCCACUGCUGCCUUCCAGGGUGAAUAAGAUGGUGGCCUCACAUUCACCUUUGGCCAGUCUCUGUCGGGCUACUAAGGCUGGGGGCAUCCUCUUCCCAGGCCCCCCGGGGGUGCAGCAUGAGGAGGUACCUCUCUUUGGGGUGGGGGACGGGGCGGCUCAGAGACCAGGGGCAGUGGUGGCUGCUGCCCAGAUGACUUCCAAGAAGAGGGGAGAAGAGAGGAGGCUGAGGGAACUCUCUACAAGGGAGAGUUUGAAAAGGGGUGAGGGGAUGCCGACUCUGCAGGCAAGGGGUGGCAUAACAGGGCUUCUGAGGCUUGGAGCACAUUUCCCCACAGGGGAGCUGCAGAAAUAAUGUAGUUUGUCAAGGGAGCCAUGGACUCAAAGGUUGAAAACCUCUGGCCUAGGAGACUGCCUGCAGCUUCGCUGCUAUGGCUAGAAACUCUCUUUAAAAUUUAAAGCUAAAUUUAAAGUCAAUGCUGUUAAAAUUAGUGUGAUUAUUUAACUGAGCAAGGACACAGGAACUGGUGCAUAAAAAUUGAAGCAAUUCUACAGAACUAUAGGUAGAACUAAACCUCUUUACUACAUACUGUAUCUGCUCUUUCCAAAUAGGGUGGCCUAAAAGCAGUAGUUUGGACAGAUGUUUUCCAGUUUACGCUGAUGAUAUGUGCGCUUCUGGCAGUGCUUAUACGGGCUCUGAUUAUUAAAGGAGGAAUUGGUCCUAUUAUAGAUGAUGCUGUCGAUGGAGGAAGAAUAACGAAAUGGGAGUAAGUGUAUUUUUGGUUAGGCUGCAAUGUAAUACCUUAGACAUUGUUAAAAGUUUUGGUGUUUAGGUUUCAGUGAGUCAACAAUGUUAGAAGUAGCAUCCUUGAUAAAAUCUCAUGAGCAUGGAUAAACUAUAGGCAGUUGUAUCCGGCUGAGCCAUACUCAGAUUAAACCCAUUGAAAUCAAUGGACUUUAACUAACUUAGAUUGGAUCUACUUCAAGUAUGAUUUAUUUAUUCAUUUAUAUAAAAAUAUUAGACACUUCCAUUUAUUAAAAAUAUAAUUUUUUUUUUAAAAAUAUGCAAGUACGGUAAACCUUAAAAUACCAUAAACAGUAAAAAAUAAUCACACUAAUGACCAACUCAUCUGGAAAAACUUCAAACAGCUGGGUGUCAACGCAGUGCUUCUCCAGAUUUGCUUUUGCACUGCACUUUCCAGGAACGGAUUUGCACUUUUCAAGUCCAUGUGCAAGAAGUUCUUCUUUUGGUCCUGGCACUUUCCACAAGGAAACACACUGUUUACUGUUGAACUGUGCUUCCCCCCCUAAAAAAAUAUAUUUAGGGGUAGUUACCUACUCAUAUUGGAAUACUGCCCCUCAAUGAGGCCAAACUUAGAUUCACAAAAUGUUUAGGGGUAUCCGUACCGCUGUGCCCCCCCCCCCGAAAAAAAGCAUUGCUGUUGAAUUAGAACAAGUGGCAAUUGGGUUUUCUGCAGAUUGCCGUUUGUUCCACUUCAGUGAUAAACGGUAAGUGUUUCUUGGGAAGGUGCUGGGACAAAACAAGAACCACUCGGACCUGAAAAGUGCAGACCUCCUUUUGGAAAGCGCAGUGCAAAAGGAAGUCUGGAUGAGCUUUUAGUUGGCUACAACUCAAUGAGUUGAUAGUUUCACAUAAAGUGAGCAUGAGAGGUAUACAUACAUAGAUAAAAGGAAGUUUACUACCAAUCUGAAACUCCUUGAAUAAAUAUUUCCUAGUGUCAGUAGGGUGGUAUGUUCUAUGGGUGAUAUAUCCUGUUAACCAACAAUACUGCCAUCCACCUUUAGGAAGACAUCGGAAGGCAGCCACGUAUAGGGAAGUUUUUAAUGUUUGAUGUCUUACUGUGUUUUAAUUUGUUGGAAGCUGCCCAGAGUAGCUGGGGUAAUCCAGUCAGAUUGGUGGCAUAUAAAUAAUAAUAAUAAUAAUAAUAAUAAUAAUAAUAAUAAUAAUAAAUAAAUUAUAGUUUGGUACUGGGGGUGUCACCCAGGCACCCAGAGCGUAGACUGGGAUGAAGAGGAUUCUUUUUUGAAAAGUUCUAAAAUCCCCCUUUUCUUUCACUAAACUCCUCAGAUUUAUUUGUAUGUCAAAACCUAUACUUUUAAAAUACAUAUAUUUUGUCUCUUAGCUUUGACCCAAACCCUCUGCGAAGGCAUACAUUCUGGACAGUAGUUGUUGGUGGUACUUUCAAUUGGCUUAGCAUAUAUGGAACCAAUCACUGUCAAGUUCAACGAUACCUUGCCUGCAGAUCGCAACGUGAGGCAAAAAAGUAAGUCCAUAUAUUGUACAGUCAUACCUCAUGUUACGUUUGCUUCAGGUUGAGCAUUUUCAGGUUGCAUUCUGCGGCGACCCAGAAGUAACGGAACGGGUUACUUCUGGGUUUCGCCGCAUGUGCAGACGUGCAAAAUAACAUCAUGCGCAGAAGCAGCGAAUCUCGACACACGCAGACGCGGGUUGCGUUCUCUUCAGGUUGCAAAUGGGCCUCCAGAACGGAUCCCGUUCGCAACCAGAGGUACCACUGUUGCAAUUCACAUAUUCUGAAGUGCAGCAGUAGGAGGCUGACAUGCUCCUGCCUGUAAGGAUGGCUGCCCUGUCUUUCAGCUAAUGGGUUCCCCAUGCAACAUAUUUUUGUGCAUUAACUUCAGAGAAAUAUGAUUUGUAGUUAGAAACUACCGUAUAUACUAGAGUAUAAGCCGACCCAAAUAUAAGCCGAGGCAUCUAAUUUUAGCACAGAAAACUGGGAAAACCUACUGACUCGAGUGUAAGCCAGUUCACCACAUCACAAGCCUGGUGGUGGUGGCAGCGGCGGUGGAAGAACAAGCAGCCCGAAAGGGCUCCUUUCAGGCCGCUCAUCCCUCCGCCGCUGCCGCCCGCCUCACUUGAUUAUAAGCCGAGGGGGGGCUUUUUCAGCACAAAAAAUGUACUGAAAAAGUCAGCUUAUACUCGAGUAUAUACGGUAAUUUUCAAAAAUUGGAUCACCCAUGCAGAAUUGGAGCAAUUGCUGAGUACUUUGCCAUUUUGGAGAAUCUGUUCUUUUUAAAGGGCAUAUUUCUUCUUACAUUGCAUAUUUACCAAAAAAACAUGUUGGUGAAAAUAAGUUACCUAAAUAUCUAUUUUGCUAAUAUGAUAAAUUAAUACUAGAUAUCAAUAUUUUGCUUAUUUAUUUAUAUGACAAAAUUUAUAUACCACUUGAUUGCAGUAAAACCCCUAGAAAUAUUAUAAUUAUCAAUAAGAUAGUUAAGGACAAUACAUUUUGUAAUAACUCAACAGAGAUUAAAAUAUGCUAUAAGCAGGAGCCAGAGAGUACAGCAAAGGCACCUGCCUGAUAUAAAUAGACAGGGAGUUCCAAAGUAUAGGAACUAAAAAAGUUCUCUGUAUUCGAACUAUGAAAUGACUAGAAUGUGGCACCUGUAACAAUGCCAGAUCUGUGCUUAGCAAUAAUUUGUAGUGUUGCCAAUGCAGGAAACAUCUUUCACAUCAGAAAGAGAGUGCCAUGAGUAGACCUAUUCUCUGUGCAGCAAAGCUGUCCAAAAGCUUGGUGGUAUACCCUGAAAUUAAAAACUCCUUGCAUUAAUUCACAGGAUUUCCCUUGCAUCCGAUGGCUUUUUAUGAGGCAUGAUGUAUCUAGAUAUGUGUUCUUACAAUCUUCUGCUGCUCUUGGAGUCUGAGAACCUUGAUACAUUAAUGUGGCAGUACUCCUCUAUUUUAAAGUAAUUUUGGCAAGAACAAAGCUUUGUUAGCUUUCUUCUCUAACUUUUUUUUUUAAACAGAUCUCUGUAUAUAACUCUUGUGGGACUCUGCUUAAUUCUGUGUUCUUCAAUUGGAUGUGGAUUUGCAAUGUACUCUAUAUACAAGGAUUGUGACCCAUGGACUGCCGGCUUUGUGUCAGCACCAGAUCAGGUUUAGUUUACUACUGAGUGAAAUACUUAAAUAUGAAUUUUAUCUACUCUGUGUGUAUCUCCCAUGGAACUAUUUGAGUUUGGAGUAGGGCUGUUGGAAAGAUAACAUUAUUAACAUAUUACGACAGAUAGGAAUAAAGGAAAGUGCUAUUUUACUUGAAAUAAUGGACAGAUAUAAUGAAAUCAGGAAAUAAGAAUUUUAUAUUUAUGCAGUUGUAUAAUUUUAUUUUUUCUGCAACAAAAAAGUGUGGUGUAUGAAAAUAAACUGAAGCCACAUAUUUGAAAAUAAAUCUUUAUUUUGAACUUAAAUAAUAUCCGAACUUAUAACAAUACAGGAAUGAUACGUUAAUUAGUUAUAAAAGUAUUUGUAUACUGCUGCAUCAUAAAGAAAUACAGUUUACAGCAAUAAAAACAAAUAUAAUAAAACCAUAAAAGUUCAAAACAGUUCAAAACAGAUCUCAAUUAACCAUUGUGGAAGGACACAUGCUUAAUUGCAGAAUGGAAAAGUUUUCAGCAGAUAUUUAAAAAUCGGCACAAAAGGCAUCUGCUGAUGUCUUUUGAGUCAAACUCAUUGGAUUCAGUGCAACAGUCAGAGGUAACAUGAACAUUUAGCUUUCCCCUGCCCUCUGUUGAAGUAGUGGAGCAGUUUAGGAGAGUCAUAGGUUUGCAGCUUUUGUCUGCAACCUGGAGGUUCUCUUGCACAUUUUUCCUUUUUGUGGCUCUGGCCAGGAUUCUUUACAUGCCUGUUUGGCAUAGGAGGCAGCUGCUCACCUGCUCUUUAUCUCUUCCUCACUUCUUUCAGCUGUGGAUGAUGACAUCCCUUGGAAAAUGGGUUUCUCGACCCACAAAGAAAUCAAGUCAGUACUCACGGGUGGUCUGUAGGCCAGCCCCACAGAGAUUUUCCAGUGCCAAGGCUCACACUCACAAGCUCACACUCUACAUCCCAACAUAAGCUCCCUCAUGACAUAAGCACUGGGCACCAAGCCCUGUGCAUGCCAGCUGUAGCGAGUACCCAAUAUGCCAAGAUGCCUCACACAUCAGAAGAUCAAAGCAUAUUUCUCUUCACAGCCACGGCCUCCGUUGGAGAGCUACAGUUUAAAUGGAACAUAGUAUGACAUGACUAAAAUGUUUAAAGUUCUAUUAUUCAGACACAGGUUAUAUAUUUAAAUGACAGUAAAAAAUUAAAACCUCAAUUUUGGGGGUGUUUUUUUUUAGAUCAUGCCAUAUUUUGUGAUGGAUAUUUUGGGAGACUUUCCGGGACUUCCGGGACUUUUUGUGGCUGGGACCUUCAGUGGAACAUUAAGGUAAAUUUGCAAAUUGCCAUCCUAGAUCUAGAUUCUGGAAAGUAAGUGAUUAGUUCUAGCCCAUCUUUUUAUGCUAAAACUGUGACUCUCAGGACAAAUGACAAGCUAUGUUAAGCACAUGGUGUAUUUUUGCAGUCACUAUUGUUUUAACAUUAAAUUACCGCUGUGAGUGGCACAGGCAAAAUUAGAAGUUAAAGCUUCUACUUAGAGUUAAAAAUGCAUAGAUGUUGAAGUGAGUUUUAAUCCGUUUUGAAUCUAUUGCUAUUUUAACUUAUUGAAAGUUUAAAUUAUUGUUGCAUUUUUUUUUCAUAUUGCUACUGUUUUAUCUUCUUUGUAAACUACUUUGAGGUUGUUGGUUUUUUAAAAAUCAAGCGGUGUAUAAAUUUAAUGAAAUAAAUAGAUAAAUAAAAUGCAACACCAAACCUUACAUUAACAUAAUAUAAUGCACAUUUUGGCCCUCAAUCAUCUGUUGUUGUAUCAUGUGGAAGCUUCAUGAUAGGUUACUCUGAUUUAUCACAACCAUAAUGUUUCACAAGAAAAGAAGGGAAAUCAGCAGGAUGCUAGGAAUGCUUCAAAGGCUAGUUAACACCACAGGCGUUGUUAACAUUAUUAGAAACUGUAUGAUGUUAAAACAUGGGGAGCAUGCAGAUAUUAUCAAGGGUAAUAGGAUGUGAAAGAAGGAGAUUUAAACCCCUACAGACUUAAAGUCCAUAAAAAUUGCCCUUUUGGUUCAGCAGUUAGCAUUAGGAAAAAACUCCCAUUGGAAGCAAAGGGACUCUUUGCUUUAAAUGCUAAUUGCUAUGUUGCGGAAGCUGACAUUUAGGAAUUUACACUUGCAAGGAUGCCUUAAACCUUAUCUUCCCCAUGUACUGCUAACUUUGAGAACAAGUGCAUGCUGGGCCUGUUAACAUUUAUUCUGAUCCAGUGUACCCUCACCAAUUAUUUUUUUAAACUGUGGGCAUUACCCAGGAACCAGAGCAAUUCUGUAGUUUCUGGUGAAAUACUGUAUUUUGGUAUUUUUUCUCUCAAGCUUCAAUGUAACUUAAGCACUGUGUCCUUAUUCAAGCUGUGUUGAAUCCUAAGUGUGUACAUCUGAGAAGGCUUCCCUUUCACCUGGAAUUUUGGAGACAGGGUGGGGAUAUUAACCAGGCAAUUCUGUCAGGUGAAGACAUCACUCCGCCCUCUGGUACAGUGGGUAACUUCAGUACACAUCUCAUAGUGCUGAUGUGUACAGUGAUAGGCAAAUUAGCCUUGAAACACAACUGCGUAUUAUGUCGGAAAUGCGUGCACAGUCUUAAGUUUAAAAAGAAAAUAUGAGUUCCGACUUAUUGUAAGUUCCAACAUUGAGUGGGGAACUUGGUAUAACCUCAUAGGAGCUGUGGUGCCAGUGGCACUACAGUGGAGAUACCAGCUCUAUAGCUUGGAAAAAAUGUUUUCCACACUUGAUGUCAUUUUCCAUGGAAUGCUAAUACAGAUGAUAAAUUUACCAAGUGGUUAAUGUAGGAAAGUCAUUCCACUUACCGACUCUAAACUUUUAACUAGCAUUAGAAUCGUGGUAGAAGGGGGUAGAAUCUCACCAUGGUUUUGUCAAUACACUGAGGUCCAGCGCCGAGGGCCUUCUGGCGGUUCCCUCACUGCAAGAUGUGAGGUUACAGGGAACCAGGCAGAGGGCCUUCUUGGUGGUGGUGCCCGCCCUGUGGAACGCCCUCCCAUCAGAUGUCAAGGAAAUAAACAACUAUCUGACUUUUAGAAGACAUCUGAACUGUUUAGGAAUUUUAAAAAUAUUUAAUGUUUUAUUCUGUUUUUAAUCUGUUGGGAGCUGCCCAGAGUGGCUAGGGAAACCCAGCCGGAUGGGCGGGGUAUAAAUAAUCUAUUAUUAUUCUUAUAAAUGACUAAACAAAUUUGUGAUGAAAACCCCUUACUGCUUUGUUAGUUGGUCAUCUGUAUUAAAACUCUGUUUCUGCAGCUCCUCAAAUUAGUUUAAUUCCCUUGAUUCAGUUUUUAAUAUUUUUGAACUAUUGAAAUAUUUUAAAUAUUUGUCCGUAAAGAUGCAAAAUAUUUUAAUUUUACACUCCUUAGUACAUUGUCUUCCAGCAUCAAUGCGUUAGCUGUUGUAACUGUAGAAGAUCUUAUUAAACCUAAUUUCAAAGUCUCUGAAACAAACUUGGCAUGGAUUUCCGUUGGAACUAGUAAGUUUACAUGUGACAUCUUCUUUCUUUAAAAAACAACUCCGUAUCCUCCUCCCCUGCUAAUAACAAAAUACAACUGAGUUAUACUAGAAAAGAUAUGGGGUAAGGUUAGAACAGGUGUAGGUCCAACAACAACCGGGAGGCCACCAUUUUCCUCUGGCAGAGCUGGGAUUUGAGCUAGGUGUCCCAGAUCCAAGUCCAACUCUAGUUGCUGAACCAUUCUGGCUUUAGGCCAUAACUGAUUUUAGGCAAGAGUAACAUGGCAAUUUCAAAUUUAUUAGGAAGAUGUUGCACAAGGGAGUUUCUUACUCUAGUCAUAAAUGAUACUCAGCUAAACAUGCAUAGUAAGCUUUUUUUAGCCAUGCAAAUAGGGUGUAACAGAAAUUUCAUGUGCUAAUUGUAUUAUGUUUAAACCAAUAUCUAUCAUUUAAGGCUCUUGGAAAAUUAUUUUCAUAUUAGUCCUCUGCUAAGGGGGGGGGGAGGAAAUGGCAGUUUAUUGGUUUGAGCAUUCUUCAGAGUAAAUCCUAUUAGCCACAUGUGAUUUUAUAAUUGGCAAACAGAGAAACUUUAAAGUCAGUUGCAUAAUUAAGUUGUCCUAUAAACGUUUUAUGCAUUUAUCCAACUAGAGGUGCUGUAUGGUUCAGUGUGCCUUUCCAUGGCUGGAGUGGCAUCUGUUAUGUCUAGUUUUUUACAGGUAGGUGUCAUUUAACUGCUAUUUUAAGUCUCAUCCUUCUUAAAAUAAGUUGCUGUAUUGUUGUGUGCACUUCCAAAAGGUUAAUUUUCAUAAUUUAGCGCUCUGCUGGCAGCUUCAGUGACUACCAUCAUCCAUCUUCCCAAAGGCACUCUGGGAAGGAAGAAUGGUGGUGACACAAGCUCUCGUCCUGAGCUGCCAAAGGUACCAGCAGAGUUACUGGUUUUCAAAAAGUAAAUGAAAGGGAAGAAAAGAAAAGGGAAGGAGCAAUUCCUCUCCUAGAAAGUCGCAAACUGCUUGGACUGCUCCAAUUUGCCGACAAGACCCUGUGCAGUCAGGUGAGCUCUAAAGCAGAGUGAAAGGAGACCAUCCCUAGCUUGCUUUAGUAAUUAUGUGGGCUUGGGAAAUGAAACUCUAACCUGGCUAUGUUGAGUGAAACUGUCAUUGAAAAAGUAAUAGAUUUAAAUGCAGUAUGCCAAGAAAUUUGAUUUACUCUUUUUCCUAUGCUCAAGUAGAUUGUCCCUGGUAUUCUUAUACUGUACUGUCUAUUGGUGUGUUGUUUUUUAAAGUACUUGCUCUAGUAGGGAUGCAGUUAAUACCAUUGGGGUUUUUAUUCACCAGUGCAUGAAGUUUGUUAGAAUGGAGUCGGAUGCCAUUCCCCUUGUUCAAACAGACCUAAAACAAACAUAUAUAAUUGAUGCUGAUUCAGUUUGAAACAAAACUAUUGCACUUCCCUUUAUCCUGCAAUGAUUCCCAAAGUAAAAAUCACAUAUAACCAGAGGGAGGCAGGAAUGCUUUCAAUAUCCUUCAGUCUAUCUGCUCCCAUUUAGUUUGGAGAAAGGUCCUGAAACUAUUGACUUUUCCCAGGUUUACCAGCAUUCUGUCUAGAUAGCAGGGUACUAGUUUACCUCCCUAAGAAGUUAUUAUUUCAGAUUGAAAUGUAUUCUUGGUCCUUUCUGAUUCCAUGCUGUGGGAGUGGUGAGAGAAGUGCACAGAUCUUUAAUUGGAUCAGGUUGUCCUGGUCCACUACAUAAAACAAAACAUGCAACACAAACAUAUGUUGUGCUGCCAGGCAGAUGGGAAGAAGGGACAGCUAACCCACCUUUGCAGGACAUGCCCAAUUGUACUUGAAGUGACUCAGAGAUAAGUCUUUGCUACCACUUUGAUGGCUCAAAAGUACAAUUUGGAGGGGGGGGGGAAAGGCUCUAGGGUAGGAGAUUCUCUGAAGGUCCCCAGCCAUCUAUGCCCAUUCUGACAGGAAGCAAAGACUUCCUUUAAUUUGUGUCAGGGUUGAGAUCCCUGAUGGCAAAGGAAGGUAAAGGUAUAUGAUGCUCAUGGACCUACGCCAAAGGGAUUGAAGCAACUUGAAUCAUUACCAUUCACCUCAUAAACCUUAUUACAAGGAUCACAAGAUGUGCAGGCAUAGGAGCCAUUCCUGUAGUUGCUGUAGAGAUGAACACCAUGGGGGUUGCCAAUGCAAUGACCAGGGGUAACAGUGUGCCCACCAAUACACCCAAUGAAGAUCUUAGGAAAUUAUUCUCAAUUACUCAGUGGGUCCAACUUUUCCCACACCAAACUAUGUCCACCUUGACAAGGACCAAUCAUGCCUGACCCCUGCAGAUCUCCCAUAGAUGCUCUAGUGGUGUUCACAAUAAUCUUUGUGGUUUAGUGGCACACCCUCCAGGGGAUAUUGUUUUGCCCUUGUUUCAGUGUGAGCUGGAUCAACCUGGGUUUCAACAAAUGAAGCAGACACUAGAAAGUCUCCUUUCUAGAAUGGAAUUUACAUUAAAAUGUUUUGCUGAGAGUCUGAGGGAUUUCGUUGUUGAAGUAGGCAGGCUAGCUCCUUGGUAAGGGCCUUAUGUGUGGGUCUUUAGUAUAGGAAAGGAGGCUGCUUUGUGCCAGAGGCCAAGUGGGCCUCACCUGGCUGGUAGUGAGAAUGACAGUAGGCAGAGUGGUGUGUGAGAGCGGGAAGCAAAGAGUGAGAGCCAUGCUUGAUUUCCGUUUGAAUCCAAGGCUGUGGCUAUGAGAGAAGCCAGACCUUCUGGGAUGAAAAUGCUAUGAGCCCCUCCAUUGUAGGCGCAGGUUGUGUAUAUUUGGAAAUAAACCAUAUCGUAAAGACAGCACAGGUUCCACUGCCCCUCAUUCCAAGGAAACCAAAGCCUGAGUAUAUGCCUGGAACCUCUGAAAUCUCUCACCGCUUAGAGAUUGGGGUGAUGCACCAUUAUUCUUUCUCAUUAGGUUCACGGAGCUAUGGUAAUGGUUAACAGGGCACUGAAUAUAGUGCAACAUGGGACAUCUGCCACAAUAUCAUUUGAGGGCUGCUUCUCUCUGGUUAAAUCCAUCCAAUAAUAUUGGUGUAUGUUCACACAUUUAUGAAACAUUUUAUUGGCCUCAGUUUGUUCAGAGGAUUCUCCCUCAGCAAGUACUCAUGAAGUGUUUCGGCCUGCCAUAUACAAGUAUUGCUACAUUUUACCUUGAAAAAUUUCCUCCUGCAUCCCUAGCAGAAAAUGGGUAUUUUUAUUUAGGUAAAUUUCUAUUCUGGAGAAAAAGAAUAAGUAAUGCUUCCUGUACUUACCAGAGGUUGUUCUUUUUCCUCCCUUCCUCAGGCGGCAUUCAGUCUUUUUGGAAUAGUUGGUGGCCCUCUUUUGGGGAUAUUUUUAUUGGGCAUCCUCAUGCCUUUUGCAAAUUCUAAAGUAAGUACUUGUCUUUCAUCCUACUCUCCCUAAAUGGAGCGGGGUAUGGAGUGGUGAUCACCUUUCAUAUUUUAGCAUUUCAGAGAGUUCCUUGCGUCAUUACCAAGCAUCUUCACGCACAGAGUGAAACAGACUCUUUGUUCAGACAAGACUUAAUGCUAUGCCAUGGUUUAGCGCUCUGUCAACAAGCAAUUGGGAGCCCAGCACUCACCCACUUUCUCUCAACGCCUUGUGUGUGGUCCUGCCCUGCCCUGCCAUUUACCCUGGUUGGAUGCAAUCCAUAAUUCGCCAUUUCAUUGGAAGCAGCAAACUAUGGCUCCCUUCUUCUAGGAUAAGCAGGCAGAAACCACAUAUACACUAGGGAAGGGGAAAGUGUUAGCCUAGAGUCCUGACUACAGUGGUUUGGUUAUAUCUCAACCACCCUGAAAUAUAAAAGGCAAAGUGAUACAAUGAAUUUAAUCUAAAAAACAUUUUCCAUUGUAGAAAACUUCAAAUAAACUGUACUGAUAACUCUGCACAAGGAGCAGUCCUUUAGUUAUUACAUCUUAAAGGCCUUUACGAUCAAUUUUAAGAACUGCAGCGUAGAUCCAAGGUUGAAGUAACACAAAUAAGCUCAAGUGAAAACACAUGUUCUGGAAGCACUUGUUACCAAUAGUACUUUAAUUUCAGUAUAAAAGUAGAGUGCAUUCUACUACUGGGAACUUGAAAAAUAAGCCAGUUUGAACUCUUAGUUAUUCUUGAAAAGAGUUCUCCAGGAAAAAAAUGUUUGGAGAAAAGCAAAUGCCUUGUUGUCUAUUAACUUUGGUUAAUAGAAUUUAUUUUCAAUAUGAUGUUGCUAUCUUAGCUUCAACUUCUUCACUAAGUUACAGGUAGGCUUCCUGAUGCAGAGUCCCAUAUACACAGAAAUAGGCACACAGAAUUUCUCUGCAGUUGCUUGUGGGUCUGCUUUCUCCAUUGUAACAAAUGGGAAACUGCAACAGAGCGCUGGGUUGAGGGCAAGGACUUUUAAAAAAUGGUGCCCUAAAAGUAGCCUAUAAGACUUGUUUAAUAUUGGGUAGGAGGCAUUAAUUUCCUUUAAAGAACUGGACCCAGGGCCUUUUGGUUUUUACAUGAUUUUUCUAUAUUGUUAUUGUGUAGCUUUCAUUGUGUGUAACUUUGUUUCUUAGGGUGCAUUUUCAGGUCUACUUUGUGGGUUUAUUAUUGUUUUGUGGAUUGGAUUUGGGUCUCGGAGGCACCCUGCCCCUCCACACAGAACAUUGCCAUUGCCCCUUUCAGUUAGAAACUGUACAAAAUACAAUACUACACAGUUAACUACUACUCUCCAUCCUACAACUUCUGCAAGGUACGUACAAGAAGUCAGUGACAAAUUUGAUACGACUGAAUGUUUCAUAUUGUUUGGCUUUUUUAUAGUAUAGUAUAGUAUAGUAUAGUAUAGUAUAGUAUAGUAUGUUUUCGUACAUUCUUUUAACUUCAUUUUUUAUUGACCUUUACUAUGUUAUUGUUGGUCCUCUUAGGAUUCUUUUUGGCACAAACAUUAUUAUGUACGUGCUCCUAUAUAAAUUGAAAUAUAUACAGUAAGGCAAAUCUGGUAACUUUAAUGAUGGAUGCUUUACUUAUCAUUCAGUUUCUUAAAAAGUAAACAAAGUAUCAUUAAUACAGCGAUCUGUAUGCCUGAACAUCAAAGAGGUGUGUUGGUUACCUACCCACAGAACAGAAAACUAUUUCAUAAUCCUCCCUAUGUCUUUAGGAUUGCAUACCAACUGCAAUUCUGUGUAUGUCUGCUCAGAACUAAGUCCUAUUGAAUUCAAUGGGACUUACUCUCCGGAGGUUUGUACAGCCUUUAGCAGUUUAAAUUAUAGUGGGUAGGAUUCAACUAAUGAGUCCCAACAGUGGACACCCUGUGCAAGGACACUGGCUUGAGCUGUGGGCUUUCCCCCCUCUCCUCUACCUGCAUUGUACAAACUAGCUCAGGGGGACAAUCAGGAGAGCCCCUGGAACAGCACGUGGGGGCAGGAAAGGGAAACCAUUCCAGCUGGCAAGCCAAAAUGCUUGCCCUGGCAGAACAAUAAUCUUAGCACAAUGUUGACUUCCUCUCAGUGUGUUUGUGGAUAGUAUUAUUGCAUAAUUCUAUGAAAUUAAUAUUAAAUCUUUUAUUUGUUUAAUUACAGACCUGGCAAAAAAGAUUACUGGUGGUUCUCACUGUCAUAUCUCUACUUCAACCCAUUAGGAACUUUGAUCACAUUUACUGUGGGAUCAAUUAUGAGUUUAGUAACAGGUACCUUUUUCUGGUUUUGACAUAAGCAUCAAAAUUUGUGUCUGCAGUUCUUUCUGAUUUGUUUAGUCUGUCUGUCAUUUCCCCCUAUAAAUGUAGGUCUUCAUUGAGCAGCUAUGUCCAUACUAACAAACGAUAUGUGCUCAAUUUGUAUUGGCCCUUUUCUAUAGAAAUGAUUGGCCCUGGAAGAAGUGUAGUCGUGCACAACUAAUUAUAUGCAGAAUCUAGAGGUCCCAGAUGGCCAUCCACAUUAGUGGGUGCAUCCAAGCAUUCUGUCUUGGGUGUUGGAGGUCUCUAUGUGAGUUUAGUGUGCCCUAUCACUAAGAGGCAGGGAACUCUGUAUCUUCAAAGAAAGUGCUCAGCUGAGGCCUCAGUUUGUUUCCCGCCUCCAUUUGGAAGCAGACUACUUGAACACUGCUGUCCUCCGCAUUCUUCUACUCAGGCCUGUACCUUUCUUUCUCAUUGUCUCUAUUAAUUCUGCAGCCAUUUUCUUCUGUCCUCCUACGUCUCUGCUCAGAUCUUUGUCUCUGGGGGAGGGAGGAAUGCCUCUUUUCUUUCUCUCCUCAGAUCUUGUUUCUCUGAAGAGGAAAACAAAAUGAACAACCCUUUCUCGGCCUCUCUCACCAGCCAUUUUCUCCCUCUUCUGGUUCCUGAGAAAGACUAGGAUUGGGAAAGCAUUUUAGAAGCAGACCACUGUGCUCUCCUUGCAUGUGUGUGUGCUCCACUGAGAGACGCCACACAAAGAGCUUUGUGGUAGCUGCAUCCCUAACCUUAUUCCCUGAGAGAGCAGUAUCAAAAUUGGUCACAGAUUGCUCUUUGGAACACUGUGGAGCCAGAUCUGCUCAAAGCAGCUGGGAACUCAGCACCCAAUCUCCUGCACCUUCGGCAGCAGGUGGUGAUGCAGAGUCAGCCCAAAGUAGAAUCUGCCACAUCCCUGCCCUCUUGUUUCAUCAGCAGCCUAGGAAUAGCAUUUUCUCUCUAUUACCUCAUCUUCUCUGCCUCUUUUCUUUUUGCUGAUACAGAACCAUCAGCCAGCUACCUUCCUCCCUGUGUCCUGAGAAAGGACUAGGGUGAAGGUCUUUCCUUGGAGCAAUACAUUCUGGGUGAGUGGCUGGGAAGCCACCUGCGCUGCUGCCAUUUUGCCAACAAUGCCCAUCAUCCUUGGCCAUGCUUACUCAGGCUGAAGGAUGCUAAAAUUCAUCAAUGUCUGGAGGACCAAAGGUUCCCCACACCUGGGCUAGGAGUGUACAUGAUCAGGUUAUAUCAGUACCUGAACUGCACUAGUCUUAAUAAAAAGUAUUGAGAGAGAUCGUGUUGUUAAUAAAAUAUCUUCUAGGGGGAUUAGACCAACAUGUGGAAAGCAAACUUAUGUAUGGCAAAGAGGACAUAAUGGCCAACUUCAGGUAUUGGAAAAAUAAAUGGGUAAGUAAGGUUUUAAGUUCUCAUAUGUAUUUCAUAGGCAGAUAGCUUAUCCUUGCUUCGCCACUUCUCCAAGGAAAACCUGCAAUUUAGUGCUGAAUCAGAGUGGAUGGCAGUCAGAUUUUCCAUUAAUUGCCAUUUGUUGCCAAAGAGGUUUUCCAGGGAAAAGCAGCAAAGGCACCGGUGCCUAGAAAGCAUGGGACCAGCAGAAGUGUGGACAACCCUAGGGUCUAUCCAUCUUAACUAUGCUGUAUGCUUAUUUAAAUUCACAACCUAAUCUCAGACAUUCUAUGCAAGCAUGCAUACACUAGGAGCACAAAGGUUCCUUGUGGAGUACCAGUUCCAACUAAAGAUCUUCCUGUCACCUCAUCACCCUUGGUGGGACUUCCUUGCCCUUCUCCAAGGCCUGGGUACAUAGGAUUCAACAGCAGGUGUGUAAGGGUUUUGAACAUGUGCAAGAUCUAGUUCAGAAAGUAAUCCAACCAGAGAUUUCUCAGUAAAUUUAGCCAUUGUGGAAUAAGAAGAGAUCCUCUUGUAAAUCAGAAACUGGUUCAAGUAACAGGAAGCAGAAAGUAGGCAUAAAUGGACAGUUAUUCCAAUGGAGGGAUGUAGAAAGCAGAAUCCUCUAAGGACUUGUGUUGGGACCUGUUUUUUAACUUGUUCAUAAAUGGUCUAGAGCAAUGUUCCCCAAGCUUGGGUCUCCAGUUGCCCAAGAAUGAGACCUUGAGGUAAUAGCUCAAUGAAGAGGUUGAACCAGUGUGCAGCAGCUGUGAAAAAGGCAAAUUCCAUGCUAGGGAGCAUUAGAAAAGAAAAUGAAACUGCCCACAUCAUAAUGCCAGUGUAUCAAUCUAUGGUGCAACUGCAUUUGGAAUAAUGUGUACUGUUGUGGUUGCCUCAUGUCAGAAAGGAUAUUGUAGAGUUGGAAGAGCUUCAGAAAAGGGGCGACUGAAAUGAUCAAGGAAAGUGGAGUGACUCCCCUGUGACUAAAGGUUGCAGGAUGGGGUGGUGGUGUUUAGAGAAAAGGCAAAUAAGAGGUGACAUGAUAAAGAUGUAUAAAAAAGUUUCUUCUCUCAUAACACUAGAACUUCAUUGGCCUCAAUUAAGCUGAAUGUUUAAAGAUUAAGGAUAGAGCAAAGAAAUGUUUUCUUCAUUCAGCAUAAACUAUAUGGUAGUGAUAACUACCAACCUCAGUGGAUUUAAGAGAGGAUCCAUACAAUUUCAUGGAUAAGGCCACCAGUGUCUACUAAUCCUGAUGUACAUGUUCUACCUCCACUGUUUGAGGUUAUGGUUCUGAAUACCAUCUGCUGGAAAUGGCAGGAGGGGAUAAUGCUAUUCCACCGAAAUCCUGCUUGUGUGCUUUCCAUAGACAUCUGAUUGGCUGUUGUGAGAGCAGGCCCAAUCCAGCAGGCUCUUCUUAUUUUCUCACACACUGCAUUUACUGGAGCAGGAUCAUGCAUUUCAACCACAGCUUUUACACCUAAUCCCAUUGAAACUAGUAAUGUGAUUCUAUUUUUUGUGAAACUUUAAUAAAUAUUAAAAAAAGAAAAGAAAAAGAAACUAGUGCUCUUAAGCGUAGUUGGCACUGGACUUUGCAAGAGAACUAGAAUUUUCUUAUAUAUAUGAAAUUCUGACUGUUUCAAUUAUAGGUACAGCUGUCCAAUAGGCUUCGUCCAACAGUGCAGCCAGUGGCUUGUGGCCAAUUACCGUCUACAACUGGUGCUGUAGAAGAUACCCUACCUUUGGAAGAUAACAGAGAAAGAAAGAGCACCCUACUUUCGGAAGGGGGGAAGAGCACCCAACUUUUGGAAGGGAAGAGCAAUCUACUUUUGGAACCGAAGAGCACCCAACUUUUGGAAGGGAAGAGCAAUCUACUUUUGGAACCGAAGAGCAACCUAGUUUUGAAAGGGAAGAGCAACCAAAUUUUGAAAGGGAAAAGCGGCCUACUUUUGGAAGGGAAGAGCAACCAACUUUUGAAAGGGAAGAGCGGCCUACUUCAAAAGCAUCUCAAGUGAAAAAUAAAAAUGAGCAUGCAGUAC